AAGACCGUCCGCACUUCGCCCAUUUUACGGGGUUCCACUCUUACGUCACAGUAGUAGGGGAAAGGCUCGCUGGCUGGCUCCUGUUCCAGCGGAGCGCCUGCAAAAUUCAAUGAUGAUUUCGCGGGCGAGUCUACGGCCGACUGCAGAGUAGCACGUUUUGGGUUACACGUCCGCCAUCUUUGAGUUGUUGUUACGAAAUUUUCUCCUGCGGCAACCUGCGCAUAUUCAUACGUUAGCGCCAGCGGCCGUAAAGUGAACCUGUUUGGGCUUGAAAAGGGGGGCGUGGCACGUGUCAGAAAAGAAAAUAAGGCGCCGGCAUGGACGUGGAAAUGACCGAGGUUCGUCAUGGGAAAAAUCCGAGAAAAACGGUGGAUUUUCCUAAGAGGGAAAUCAGCGAAUAUGGGGUGAAGGCUCUAGUUGACGGUGGGUCGAUAACCCCGAAGCAGUCGCCCUGCCAUUACGAUCACCAGCUUAGAAUAACACGAGCGUUGGUUUCAACAAGCAUUGCUGCCUAUGAUAAGUCAGCACACAGUGUUGAAAGACCCAUGCAGUGCCUGGAGGCCCUUCCGUCCACAGGUGUUCCAAGCCUCCUAUGGACCAAACACCUCUCUUCUGAACUCACAAAAUUCCACUCGAACUGCAGCUCAGACAAACUUAUGUUGGACCGCGUCACAGAAAACGUGAAACUGAAUCAUCUGGAUGGCAAAGUGAAUCUCCUCAGUUUUGAUCCUUUCUCUGUUAACAAUGAUCAUUCAUUCUUCAACUUCAUUUAUUUGGAAGGUUUUGCCAAUUCGGCACAGUACUUGGACGGAAUAUUCAGGAGGAUGCCAAGGAAAGGACUUGUGGCCAUCUCGACUGUGGACGACCCAGCACUGUCAUGUAAAACUCCAGAAGUUGCCCAGCGUCUUUAUGGUGGAUUGACAGGAAAGACACUGUACUAUAAAGAACUGGGCGCUAGAUUGAUUUUGUCUGCUGUUGCCAGAUCUGCUGCUCGAGCUAACAGAGGAAUCAAAGUUUUGUGGUGCUACUGCUUCAAAUCCUGCCUCUCUAUGCUGGUUCAGGUCGACAAGGGUCCUGCUAAAGCUAACGAGUGUUUGAAAAAUGUCAGUCCUUUGAUCCACUGCAAUAUUUGCGAGGAGCGAGUUUUCUACCCCAACUCGAUCUACGUCAUUGAAAAUCCUUACAGUCUGUUGCCAUGCUCUUGCAAUUCAAAAGUUCCUGGCAAGACUGCUAUCAGCAUUGGCCCGGUUUGGAGUGGUGAACUCAAUGACCCGAGUUUCAUUAAUAAAAUGAUCUCUGAGUCGAGCAGUUUGCCAUGGAACUCUGAAAUCAGUGAAGUCUUGAAUCAGCUUUUAGAGGAGGGUGUGUGCUCUUCAGCAAAUCCCACUCUAGAGGCUGUUGAGGUGCCACCAGAAAACGGAGAGGGGGUCAUCCAGGAUCUACCAAAGAAGAAGGUUCGCCGCGAAAUCCAGCUCGAGAACAACAUUGCUCCUCCCUUUUACUUCAACCUGCACACCAAUCGACCUAAAGACUCAAAAAUGGUUAAGGCUGACAAAGUUGUUACAUUUUUGCGCAACACUGGCUUCCGCGCCAGCAGGACACACUUUGAUCGCGAGGCAGUCAAAACAAAUGCUUCGGUAGAAGAACUCUUGAAAAUUAUAAGGACUGGAAGUCACACAGUGCAUGAGUGAGUCUUUUCUCACAUUUUUACAUCCUUUGUAUCAAAUUGCUAUGAAACAAGAAAUAAAUCCAUGCUACAGAUUACGUGUAGCUAAAUUCUUGAACACAAAUAAUGUCUCAAUCA